AUGACGAAUAGAAGGAGAUCCCUAUCAAAUGAAAAUAUUCUAAUUCAUCAAUUCCACGGCUCCUCCGAGAUUAACAAGGAGUACAAGUUAUCCGAUAAAAUUGGUGAAGGUACUUUUGGCGUUGUAUUCAAGGCGACUUCUAGGUCUACGAGUAAUCAAGUCGCAAUUAAGAAAAUCUUAGUUCACACUGCAAAAGAUGGCUUCCCAACUACUUCAAUUAGAGAAAUUACCUUCUUAAAGCUCUUAAAUCAUUCAAAUAUCGUUGAAUUGGUUGACAUGACUUAUGGCGAAGAAAACUCAUCACCAAUGUUUUACAUGGUUUUCCCUUACAUGGAUCAUGAUCUCACUGGUUUACUUGAAAGACCAGAUUUUAAACCUCCUGCAUCUCAAAUCAAGCUAUACAUGCAACAAUUAUGCCAAGGUACUGCUUUCAUUCACUCAAAUGGUGUUCUACAUAGAGACAUGAAAGCUUCCAAUAUUCUAAUAUCAAACGAUGGGUCCUUGAAAAUUGCUGAUUUCGGCUUAGCUAGGAUUUGUCACAAACUACAACGCAAUCUUACUUCAAACAAGUCUAGAAACUAUACAAAUAUGGUUGUCACUAGAUUUUAUAGACCACCUGAGUUAAUCCUCGGUGAAAAGAACUCUUGGGGUGAUUAUGGUCCAGAGAUCGAUAUCUGGGGUGUUGGGUGCAUAUUUGCUGAGAUGUUCACACAUAAGCCUAUUUUACAAGGCCAAACCGAUAUCGAUCAACUUCGGCGUAUAUUUGAACUCUGUGGCGAUCCUACACCUUCAUCUUGGCCUGGAUGGGAGUCAAUCAAAGGUCAAUACGAUAUCGAUAUCAAAACAUCUGGUUUCAAAGGUGGUAACUUGAGAAGCAGAUUCACUCAAUUAACUAGCUCCGAUCAAAGUACUCUCAAUCUACUUGAAAAUAUGUUGACAAUGGAUCCAAAAAAGAGGAUCUCUGCUAGAGAUGCUCUCAAUCAUAAUUACUUUUGGUCCAAACCUCUACCAAUGGAUAAAAACGACGUCAAACCUCUACCAUCAUCUCACGAAUACGACACCAGAAAGCAACAUCCACAGCAUGAUAAAGCUAGACCUAUGCAACCUCAAUUACCACACAUACAGUCCAAACCUAGAACUAAUCCGUAUGCUCCACCUAAUCAACAAUCUUUCGGUCAAUUUAGCUCUAGACCUGCUCCAGCAUAUAAAGUUCCUCAACAAGUCAUCACCGGCUCGAUGUUUAGUGGUAAGCCACCUCCGCCAUUGAAUUUUAGAGGUGCUCCUGCUCUUAGGGGUCGUUCACAAAACAACGCCCCUCAUCCACGUGUACAAUCAAAUCCUUAUGUUAGGACUGCGUCUAAUCAAUCACGAUUCAGCAAUAACGACAACUUUAAAAGAGCGCCACCAAGACAAGCGAAACAAGACAAUUUUCCUGAUGAUGACGCUAUGGAUUAUGGCGAGCCUGAACCACCUUCUGAUCGAACUAAUGAAAGAAGCAAACAAGAACCUUCAAUGGGUAAUAACCCACUGCCACCCAAACCUCAUGAAAGUCUAAGGCGGGACAAUCACAAUACUGAAGAACCUAAAGCUCAACAAACUGUACAGUCAAAAUUACCACACCCGCGAACGACAUUAUCGACUCAAUCGGAUGAUUGUGAAAUCAUCAAGUCAAAAUCUCACGACCCUUGGUCAGCGAACCAAACCAACAGCCAAUGGAAUGAGGCUGUUGAAGGACGUCAGAGUCCUUCAUGGAAUGACCAAAGCACAUGGAAUACGCCCAGAACUUCCCAACAAGAUCAAACAGAUUGGAGUAAAUCAAUCGAGAAAACAGGUGAUAAUACAAUCAGUCCAGAUGACGGCGAUGAUAAUAACAAGCUUUCUAGUCGUAAUAAAAGCACCAAUAAUAGCUACAAUGAUAAGCAGAUGGGUAGUUUCCAUGGCCAAAAGCGCGAUAGACGUCCAUCAGACUAUAACAAUGAUCGCUACAGUGGCAGAUCAAUGGACUAUAAAGACAGAUAUAGUAAUCGACAGCACAAUGGGCGAGAUUACUAUAACAAGAAACCAUACUUUCAGGACUUUUAUGAUAGCAGAGAAUCUGAUGGAAGAGAUGGGUUUGGUCGUAAUCCUCACAAUCCUUAUAAACCAACAACUAAGCCCUACAAACCCUGGAGAUAUGACGAACCCAAUGACGAAUCAUUGAGCAAUAACAAAUACACAAGGCCGAAUGACACAAAUCGCCAGGAACAUAGAAAACAUUAG